AUGUCUGACCAGGACUCAGCACCGCCGACUUCGCCUUUCAUCCCCAAUGACCACGAGGGGAAAAUUGCCAUGGCUUCGCGUCAUGAUAGCAUGCUCUCGGAGCAAGGCCUGGAAGUCGCAGAACUGAGAGCGAGAGUCGCCGAACUUGAAAGUUCUUCGGCUCUGGCUACGAACAUGCGUAACGAAGUUUCUCACGAACUCCAAUUCUACAAGAACGAAGUAGCAAAGAAGAAAGAUGAGAUCUAUGACAUGACCAGUGCGUCCAAUAAACAGUCCAGAGACUACAAAGCCCUCGAGGUCAAGAUGGCCGAUGAGCAGAAGCUUCGCGAGAUGGAAAAAGAAGUUGUUCGUGGGAAAACAACGAAGAAGCGUACCAAGGAGGAUCAAGAAGCAACACACGUCAUCGCUCAGCUACAAACCGAACUCGGUGCCAAGGAUACUAGGAUCGACCAACUGGAAGCUCGAUUAUCCAACCUCAAGCCUCCUGGAAACGCGUACCGCGAAGCCCAGACUCUCCUAGCUAACUGCCGCCCAACAGAUUUGCAUCACGAGCACGACUGCGUGGAGCACCAAAAGCGUAUAUCCCAGCAGCUUGUGGAUGCUCAAGAACUACUGGCCGCCGCCGAAGCAGAAGCAGAAGGAUUUCGUCAUCUUGCGAAGGCUAAUGCAGAUCUAACUGAUGGCCAGGCUACGGACUUGGAGUGUAUCCGGGAACUGAGAGAUGAGAACGAGCGACGCCACAACGAAGUUAAUCAUCUCAAUGAAGUCAUUGGCAGUUUACGCGCCGAACAGCAUUUUGCUUCCAGCGAGUUCCAUGAUAUCGAUCUCGACGACACGGCAACCCAAUCUCUUUCCUUUGGUCCUUUGACAAAUGUCUGCAUUACUCCCAUCGCUCCUGAAGACAACAAAGCCGAGCUGCGUGCCCUAGAGCUGGAAGUUGAAGGCUUGACAUCAGAAAAUCAUAGCCUUUCGCUGGAGUGUACCGAGUUGGAGUCGAAGCUCGUGUCUGUCAUGUCCACACUGAAGGCUCUGGAUCAGGAACAAGAAAUAAGGAACAAAUGUACACUGACUCUCUCCGACCUACAAAACAGUUCGACCUCUCCACGCACGCCAAUUGUCGCAAACAAGUCCGUAAUCAACCCUGACAUGCUGGCUGGACUGGAGGAUCUUGGUAAGUCCAUCAACAACCUCAGCGACCCACCGUUCAAGGUGACCACUCCUGCUGCUAACACGCGAGCUACAUCCGACCUACCCAACGUGGCCUUGACAAUCAACAUCAAACCAAGCAACAAGCGAAACUACUCUUUGUUCCAGCGCGUCAAAAGCGCCAUGUCUUCGACCUCCAAAGUCGACAUCAAAGGGCCCAAAGAGAUCGCCAACCAAUUUGUAGCCCUCAUGGAGGAUGUCGAGAAGGAUCAUGCAGAAAAGACCAAGCGUGUUGUCGAGCUAGACAAGGCCGUUCGUCAGUAUCGGGCGCAUGCUGAAGCUCUGGAGGCACAGAUCCGUAAUCAAGCCAAGUGCUUGGAUCCUGUGCAUCGCACGUUGGCUGACGAGCUCGCUGCCAAAAACGAGCAGUUUGCUAUGCAGGAACAGCUUUUGGCUACAUUUCGGCACAGCAAUGUAGCAUAG